UCAAUUAAGAGGAGGAACGUUUAAGGGUCUGCUGAAAGAUGAGCUGAAUGAGCUGAAGUGAGGGAACUCAAACACAAUCCACAGGCUGUCAGGAUGUUCCAGAGGAAGAAGAAGAAGAAGAGGAGGCUGGAGAUCUCCUCACCUAGGAACUUCGAGCACAGGGUGCACACGUCCUUCGACCCGGUGCAGGGCUGCUUCGUGGGUCUGCCGCCUCAAUGGCAGAGCAUUAUAGAAACACUCCGGAGACCCAAACCUGUGGUGGACCCCUCCAGCAUCACGCAGGUGCAGCUCAAGCCCCAGAGGAGCAUUGUUCGCGGCAGUUUCAUCGGACAUGAGGACUACAUUUCUGCGGCGAUCGCUCAGAUGAGUCGACUCUCCGUUUCAAGCUCGAACUCGUUGAGGAAAACCAGCCCGUCUUUAAGGAAAAGAGCCCAGUCUCUGGGCCGUCUGGGUGAGGUCGCUGAAGGAGAGACUUACGAAUAUAAGGAGCUCAAUGAGGCUGAUCAGAGAAACGGCCAGCCGGUCUCAGACUCGAGAUCCAGACAGGUGCAGAGCGAGUGUGGAAGCCCACGGCCCGAAUCCAGGAACAGCUCCUCCAUCAUCUCCAGUGAUUCACGGCCGAGAGCCAAGUCCAUGUUCAUGGGACAGCCGGUGCUGAUGCCCCGGGACAUUCUACUCGUGCCUAGGACCGGCCGUGAAGGGCCCGGUGUUGAUAAAACAGACGCUAAACCCAACCAGAGGCCCGUCUCGUGUCUCUACAGCGCCUACAGUGAAAAUGAUGGAGCGAGACUGACCUCAGAUCAGCUCAAGAGGGAAACACAGAGGAGGCCUCAGUCCACCUACAACUUCAAGGUGAAUUCACCGAAUUUCCCAGCCAUUUCCAAAUCCAAUGGCACUAGCAGUCCAAAACCUGGCCUUGGAAUGAUAACCAGCCACCAGAGCGCACGCCGUUCCUCCAAUGAUCUCAUUUCUCCCGUCAAACCCCCCGGGACUCCAGCCUCAGUCCCUCUGAUGCAGGACAGACCCGCUCCGACCGGAUCGCCCGAGAGUCCCAGCGGAGCCCCGUCGCCCUGCUUGAGACCGGCACAGACGCCCGCCAGCAUCCUGGAGACGCCCAAAGUCACGCACCAGCAGUUCAGAACCGCGCUGCAGAUGGUGGUGGACACCGGCGACCCUCGCUCAUCUCUGGAGAACUUCGUGAAGAUCGGCGAGGGCUCCACGGGUGUGGUGUGCAUCGCCCGGGAGAAGCACAGCGGGCGGCAGGUCGCGGUCAAGAUGAUGGACCUCAGGAAGCAGCAGAGGAGAGAACUGCUCUUCAAUGAGGUGGUUAUCAUGCGAGACUACAGGCAUAGAAACGUGGUGGAGAUGUACAAGAGUGCUUUGGUGGGUGAAGAGCUCUGGGUCAUCAUGGAGUACCUGCAGGGCGGCGCUCUGACCAACAUCGUCUCAGAAACCAGGCUAACAGAGGAACAGAUUGCUACAGUGUGUGAAGCCGUUCUUCAGGCUCUCUGUUAUCUUCACGCUCAGGGCGUCAUUCACAGAGACAUCAAGAGUGACUCUAUCUUACUCUCGCUGGACGGCCGGGUCAAGCUCUCCGACUUUGGAUUCUGUGCUCAGAUCAGCAAAGACAUCCCGAAGAGGAAGUCGUUAGUCGGGACUCCGUAUUGGAUGGCGCCGGAAGUGGUUUCAAAGAAACUGUACGGCACUGAGGUGGACAUGUGGUCUCUGGGGAUCAUGGUGUUGGAGAUGAUCGAUGGAGAACCUCCGUAUUUCAGCGAGACGCCGAUCGCAGCGAUGAAGAGACUGCGGGACGAGCCGGCGCCGACCGCCAGAAACAUCAGCAAGAUCUCUCCCGUCCUGAGGGACUUUCUGGACUCGAUGUUGACGCGUGAUCCGCUGGAGCGAGCGAGCGCCAGAGAUCUGCUCCAGCAUCCCUUCAUGCUGCAGGCCACUUCUCCUCGCUGUCUGGUGCCUCUGGUGGAGCAGUACCGCAAACGCAUGUCCCGCUGCUGACCACCGAGUCUCACACUGUGAAUGUUCCUGAUCUACUGAAACACCGAGCUGGACUGCUGACCUGCCCUCUAGAGACUCGCAUGAGGAGGACAGCAACAAGUCACCCCAAACCCAUCAUUCUGUCGACAUUUAUUCAGCUUAUUCCAAUGCAUUUGCACAGAACCUUUGACAUUAUGUGCUGUGUGUAAUAUAGACUGAGCUGCUGGGUUUAUUGAAUCCAUCUGAUGAUCGUUCACAAUGUAUGGAAGCCUGUUUCUGCUGUAGGACAAUGAAUUGAAAGGUAAUCGCGAGCUUAUUACUCGCAAUUCUGAGAAAAAAUAAUAAUUGUGAAAUGUUGACUUAUAAUUGCAAGACAAAAUUUUGAGAAGAAAAGUCAGAGUUGUGAGAUAUAAACUCUGAAUUGAAAGAUUUAAAAAAAAAAAAAAAUUGAGAUAUAAAGUCAGAAUUGGAGGAGAAAAGGUCAGAACUGUGAGAAGUCAAAACUGCAAAAAAAAAAAAAAAAAAAAAAAAAUCAGAUUUUUAAGGAAAAAAAUGUAAUUGUGAGACAUAAAGUCAGAAUUCUGAAUGAAAAAAAUAGGAAUUGCAGGAAAAAAUUUGGAAUUGUGAAAUGAAAAAUUAGAAUUGUAGGAGAAAAAGUCAGAAUUGUGAGCUAUAAAGUCAGAAAUAGGAGAAAAAAUAUUUAUAUUAUGAGAAAAAAGUCAGAAUUGCAAGAAAAAAAAUAGAAUUAUGAGAUAUAACGUUAGAAUUGCAACAACAACAAAAAAGGAGUGAGGAAAAAAAAUUUAGAAUUGCAAAAUAAAAAAUAUUGAAUUCCAAGAUAUAGUCAGUAUUGCGAAAAAAAGUGAAUUGUGAAAUAUAAAGUCAGUAUUGUGAGAAAAAAUUUGAUUUGUGAGAUAUAAACUCAGAAUUGCGAGAAAAAUUUGAAUUGCGAAACAAUAAGAAUUGUGAGACAUGAAUUCUACACUCUUAA